AAUUCUCUCCAUUUGCUUUGUGCGUUUCAUAUCUUAGGGUUUGUUUCUCUCUCUAGCCGCCAGAGAAGAAAAUUUCUUCAAAUCAAUCAAACCCUAACUUUCUCUCUCUAAGAAUUCAGAUCUCUCUCUCUUCGCCAUGUCUCGUUGCUUCCCUUUUCCACCUCCAGGGUAUAUCAAGCAUACCGAUUCUUCCUUGAUCGACGAUUCGAUUAAGAUCCGUUUGGAUUUGGAGAAGCUCCAGAAAGAAAGAGAGGAGAAGGACAAGAAAGCCGCCGACAAAGCGGCCAAGAAGGAGAGGAAGGAGAGGAGGAGGGAGAAGAAGGAGAAGAAGGAAAAAAGGAGAAGGGAAAAAGAAGAGAAACUAAAAGAUUCAACAACCUCUCAUGCAAGUGUUGGCGGUAUAAAGUUCAAGCUCAAUAAUGAAGUAAAGGAACACAAAGACAGUGCGAAGUUGCGUAAGGUUGAGGAUUAUGAGAAUGAACAACUCGAAAGGAGUGGUAUAACCGAGGAACUUGAACAACCUGUCUGUUCUCCUCAAGAGCCCUACUCUUCGGAUAGUUCUCAAAGCAGUAAGAGGAAACGGGGCACCGAGUUUCCUAGCCAAGAUCAUGGUCCUGCCAUUCGAAUUCGGCUUCCAUUGAGGAAACAUCGUGAACCUGAGGAAUCCAAACAAGUAUGUCAAUUGGGGUCUUGUUCAAGAAGUGUUAGAGUAGCAGAUUCGCUUCCUCGAGAUACUAGCAGAAUUGAUCGUCCGCUGCUCAGUAUCAAGAAAGCUGAGACACCUUCAAGAAGCGUUGGUGUUUCAGAUUUGCCUGCUCGAGAUACUAGCAGAAUUGAACGUUUAUUGCCCAGUAUUAAGAAAGCUGAGACCCCAAGUCAGCACCAUGGGAAAUCUGCUCCCAAAGUUUGUAAACCAUUGCCGAAUGUGGUUCCUGUUGAUGCUGUAGCAGCAGCAAAUGAGACUGUUGAUGAUGAAAGUCGAAGGAUGGAUUCAUUGUAUAAAUCCUUACUUCACAUUCAGCCGAUAACAUAUGAAUUGGGUCCAUUGGAUCAAGAUUGGUUAUUUAGCUCAGUACCGAAAGAAACAAUACCCAUCUCGAAGAAACAGAAGACUGAUGCCUUUCAGUGCUCAAAAUCUUUAUUGCAACCUCGGGCUCAAUAUAUGCCUGAGGCUGACAUAUAUGCAUUACCAUACACAGUUCCAUUUUGAUUUUUUUUGGAAUUUUUGUAGACAGUAGAUGUAGCUUUUAGCAGGGGACAGUGUUCUGCAAUAUUGAAAGAACCUGUGCAUUAAUUUUUUACAGAGGAUUACAAACAUGUACCAACAUUAUUGUGACAGAUAAUGAGAUACAUUUUUUGUCAACAUGACUGUGGUGAUUGAUGUAAUUUUGACUUCGAUACCAGACACCAGCUGUAGUAUCCGAUGAAUGUAUAUAAACUGAUAACUAAUAAUACUUCAAUUUUUUUUA